AUGACGCAUGACCAGUCCGCCCAGACAGAGGCAGGCCACUCCGCCGCAAUGGCACUGCAAAGCCAAGCGAUCAAGGACAGCCGCUUCGAAAACUCCUUCACCGGUAACGGCGGGUCGAGCAGUGAUGACCUGGCCGGACGGCUAGACUACGACCUCUGGUCCUUGAUUCAACAUUUUGAUAAGGCGCGCAGGACGCUGGACGCAUAUCGCGAUGCUGCGCAGAAGGAGAACCUAGAACGGUCCUACAUUCUACAGCAGCAACACAACAACCUGAACGCUCGCUGGUCGAGCAGCUAUGGCGAGCUACAGAAAGAGGCCCAGAAGAAGGCCCGAGACCUCCAGAAGGUCGUGAAAGAGCUCGAAAAUGCAAGAGCCGAACUCGAAGAAAAGAAGAAGGAAAGCCAGUUGAAUGACAUGGCCGUGCGUGAGCUCCAAGAGACCGUUGAAAUGCAGAACAUCGAAAUUGUUCGAGCACGCGAGAUUCACGCCCAGCUCGACAGCGCGGAAAAGGAGUUGGCCGAAUGCAGAUCAGUCAACCAAGCGGUCGAGGCAGUGUUGGAGAUGAAGAAGACACACAUCGUGGAACUCGAGUCCGCCUUGGGGGAGAUGACCGCAAAGAAUGACCGGCUGGCGGCUGAUCAUAUCGAGCACGAAUCACUCAAGUUGCAAUUUCGCUCUCUCGAAGCCGAGCACGCCGAAGCUCUGGAUAUCGCCAGCGGUCUAUUCGACGGAGAAAUUGGUACCACACCGGCCGAGCUCAUUGGCCAGAACAGGGCUUUGGAGCAGCAACUUCGGGAGCUCCAAGCCGAAAACAAGGCCCUCGCAGAGCGCCUGGCACAAGGGAUGGGAGCGCAAGCGGACCGUGAUGGUUCGUCUCGGGGCCAGUGCCAUCGCGACAGAUUUGUGUCGCGUGCUCACUGCCAUCACCCCGUCGAUGCCUAG